AUGCCCGCUAUUCCCUCUCCCCCCGCCGCCGAGCAGAUUGCUGCUCCCAAGAAAGAUGUGCCGGCCUUUUCCCCCAAAGACGUCGGUGUGAUUUUCGUCCUUGGUGGUCCUGGCGCCGGCAAGGGCACCCAGUGUGCUAAUCUCGUGCGCGAGUAUGGCUUCAAGCACCUCAGCGCAGGCGACUUGCUGCGCGCGGAGCAAGAGCGGCCUGGAUCCCAGUUUGGUAAUAUGAUCAAGGAGUACAUCCGCGAGGGCAAGAUUGUGCCCAUGGAGGUUACUGUUCAGCUUUUGGAAAAUGCAAUGGGCGAGGCUAUCCGCACUGAGGGCAAGAAGCGCUUCUUGAUUGAUGGCUUCCCCCGUAAAAUGGACCAAGCCCUCAAAUUCGAAGAAACCGUCUGCCCGUCCCAAUUCACCUUGUUCUUCGACUGCCCCGAGUCAGUCAUGCAGGAACGCCUGCUGAACCGCGGCAAGACCUCUGGCCGCGCAGAUGACAAUGCCGAGAGUAUCACCAAGCGUUUCCGCACCUUUAUCGAGACCAGCAUGCCUGUGGUUGACUUUUUCGAGAAGCAAGGCAAGGUCGUCAAGAUUCCUGCCAUCAAGACUCCCGAGGAAGUCUUCCAGGACGUCGAGACUGCCAUGAAGACCAGAGGUUUCCAGCCUCAAAAAUAA